AUGGGUUGUGCUGUUUUAAUACGGUCCGCAUUGGCGAUUUCCGACACAACCCCGCCCACAAUCAAUACUCAUAAAAGGCGAAGCGGUCAUCGCCAACGACGCCGGAGUAUGGGAGCUCAGCAAAUAUUCGCUUCGCUGAGAGCAAUUCUGAGCGAUUCUGUUUCGUUAUCCGUAGAGAGUAGUACGGAUGAGCUUGAACUUGGUAUUUGGGGCAAACUAACCGUGACGAUAACUCAUUAUUUAUCCCAAUACAAAAGUGGCUAA